AAGGCAAUUUUGGGGUUUCAAUACCCUAGUCAUAUGUAGCUCAAUCUCAUAGCUCCAUAGCAAAAUUCAAUACCAAAUCCUAUAACCCUUUUUUUGUUUACACUCAAACAAAACAAAAACCCUAAAAUCUUCUUCUUCUUCUUCACCAUCACCACCAAACUUUGAUCAUCAUAGGGAAAAAAAACAAAGUUAAAAGAUGGGUAGACCUCCUUGCUGUGAAAAAAUGGGUGUGAAAAAGGGUCCAUGGACCCCGGAAGAAGAUAUCAUACUCGUUUCUUAUAUCCAAGAACAUGGUCCAGGGAAUUGGAGAUCGGUUCCUACUAAUACAGGCUUGCUUAGGUGCAGCAAGAGUUGCAGGCUUAGAUGGACUAAUUAUCUCAGGCCGGGAAUCAAGCGUGGUAACUUCACUGAGCAGGAAGAGAAGAUGAUUGUCCAUCUUCAAGCUCUUCUAGGCAACAGAUGGGCUGCCAUAGCUUCUUAUCUUCCUCAAAGAACGGAUAAUGACAUAAAGAAUUAUUGGAACACUCACUUGAAGAAGAAGCUUAAAAACGGUCAAAAGCAAGACGGGGUGUCUUCUUCGUUCCAAUCGGUCACCAAGGGACGGUGGGAGAGACGGCUUCAGACGGAUAUCCGGAUGGCUAAACAGGCUCUUUCCGAGGCAUUGUCGCUCGAUAAACAGCCGUCUCAGGUAAAGACGACGUCGUAUGCGUCGAGUGCCGGCAACAUUUCUCGGUUGCUCGAGAACUGGAUGAAAACCACACCCGAACCACCACCACUCACCGCCGGCGCUGCCGAUCAUCGAACGAACUCGGCCGAGACGAUGACUGAUCAGGGCUCGUUCAGCUCCAGCGCCGAAACGACGCCGAGUACUCAUCAGGGUUUCGAUUCUUUCUUCAGCUUCAACCACUGGUCCUGCAAAUCUUCAGAUGAUGUUUCUCGUGAAUCUGUAUCGGCGGAGCAGCAGAACGCCGGCGGCUUGACGCCGCCGGAAAACAGCGUCGUUUUCGAAAGCAAGCCCAACUUGGAUGAUCAAGUGCCUCUCAUGUUGAUAGAGAAAUGGCUGUUGGAUGAUGGGUUGUUUUGAGAACGAAAAAUCAAGGUUUAAUUAGGGUUCUUUGUUUAGAGUGUUUAAUAC